ACCACCUCAUGAGCAACCUCCGCCAGCAGGGGCUGAAGCAGCCCGCCGUGCCGGAGCGCUGCCGAGCCGGGGGCCGCCAGGAGGUCCUGGAUCCCCUGGAUGAAGAAGAAGGAGGCGGGCAGGCCGCCGGAAAAGGCCCCGCCCCGGGUCAACGGGGGGCCCCUGUUCCACGGGGCGGAGCUCACCAUGUCCCAGAAGGCGGGCCAGCCGCUGCACAUCCGCGUGACGCCGGACCCCCGGAACAGCACGGCCACCCUGGAGAUCAGCGGCCCGCGGGCCGAGGACUUCUACUCCACCACCACCGUCAUCCCCACGCCGGGCCUGCAGAGACCCCGCAUCACCAUCGUGCCGCGGCCCCCCUCCGGCCCCCCGGGGCCCAGGGCCGCCGGGGACCUGAGCUGCAAGUCCCCGGUCACCAUAACGACCGUCUCCAGGGCCUCGUCCCCGGACCGGAGCCCCGGCGCCCGCUCCCCGGUCUCCGUCCUCUCCGUCAGCAGGAAGUCCAACAUCACCACCACCGAGGACAACCGGAUCCACAUCCACCUGGGCCCCGCCGGGCCGCGCCCGGGGGAGGGGCCCGGGGGGGCGGGGCUGAGCGUCCGGACGCUGGGCGUGGCCGAGGGGAGGGAGACCUCCACGGGGACGGUCCUCCGGUCCCCUCGCCAGGCCGGCGCCACGGCGACGGGGAAGAUGACGAGCAGCAUCACCAUCACGCCCAUCACCUCGGCAACCUGCCGGCCCACGCAGCCGCCGGCCGGCGCCGCGUCCCGGAUCCCGAUGUCCAGGGGCCUGAAGACCUCCGCCAAGGCGGGCGCGGCCGUCGCCACGGUAACCAGGAUGGAGUCGCGCUCCGAGGGUCAGCUGAUGAAGAUCGAGCUGAGGAGGUCGGCCGGGUGUGGCCCCGCCUCCUCGUCGGGCGGGAAGAGCUGAGCGUCUCCGUGGCGACGGCGUCUAAUCACGCGGACGACAAGAUGGCCGCCGGACCCCUCGGGCUAGUGGGCGGGGCUUAGAGCCAACCGCAUUUAGAGGAAUAAAAACCAGGUUAUUUUAUGGAUAUUAUUGUUGAAUGAUGAUUUUUAUCAAUGUUAUUUUAUUUAGCAGGCGAAGCUGUCGACUCAUUUGCAUGGUUUAAGAGGACUCAAAGCACUGGUUAUUCUGAACUACACGUGCCUUGACUGUAAUGCCUUCUCGUUGGGGACGGCCAGCUAGAGUAUAUUUUAAUAUAACUCACAUUUAUACCGUGUGUUUAUUUAUCUGCUGCUUCCGGAGGAUUCUAAUCACUGAAUGAUCGUGUAUGGAGAGUGUGAUGUACACUCUCUCAUGUUUCUGUCCAUAAUAAACAAUAUUUAUCUCUACAGUAACACUUUCUAGGCAUUACUUGGAUUUCUUCGUUUUUAGAACACCUCAAUAAAAGAUCAAAUAUAGCAUUCUGUAAGAUUAACAAUUUCAAAUUUUUUA